AUGAAGAGUUUCCAAAUCGCCACGUUCCUCGUGAUUGUCGCCACGGUUGCUGGUCGACCACGGCCAAAGGCCCAGACCACAGUGGAUCCUGCCUAUCUGCGACAGUACUACGCACACCUGGCCCAGGCUAACCAGGCCGGAGAGUCCUCAGGCGACGCCACACCCAUCUACGAACCCUCGAACCAGGACGUCUCGCCGCACUACUCACACCCCUCGCAAGCUCCCAAGACAGCCUAUGUGUCACCCACUGUCCGGCAGUAUCAUCAGCAGCAGUCGCAGCCGCAGCAGCAACAGCUCCACUACGUGAGUAGUCCCCAGAGCGGCGGCUACAAGUCAUCCGGGAAGACCUCCCACCAUCGUCCAUCCUACCAAGACGAGGAACCGGAAGACCAUGAUGUAAGUAUCCGCCGAAGAUCACUCCCCGCGCGUCUCGCGUGA